GUGCAGAAGGCAGAUUUGAGUGCUGCAGUCACGGAGAGAGAGGGUUUGGCGGCGGGAAGGGCUCGGGCCGCGAGCGUCCCGCUCUCCCGGCCGCUCCCUGUGGCACCUGCGGGCCGCGCGGGGGCGCUGCCGGGCCGGGGGCGCCGCUCCACGCCGGCCGCUGGGGGGCGCUCUGCCCCGUGCCCCUCAGCGCCGCGAGGCUCAAGGAGCGCGGGGCGGGCCCGGCACCGGCGCCGCCCGCAGCCUCCCGAGCACUCGGGGAGCGCUGACAGCCGACACUUGUGCCGCUCCGCAGCCGCCGCCAGGAUGAACAGGGGCAUCUUGCACACGCUUAAAACCAAAAAAGAACUUAUUCCCCUGGCUGGAAUAAUUUCCUUCGCAGCAAUUGGGGCGUUCUCUUUUUGUGUCCAUUCCCUAUUCCGCAAAUCUGAUGUCAUCGUUCACAAGAUUGGCAGCCCAGAACCAUGGGAGACUAUUGAUCCUGCCAAGCCUCAGAAGCUGGUAACAAUCAAUCAGAAGUGGCAGCCUAUAGAAGAGCUGGAAAAGGUCAAAAAGCUUACGAAGUGAGAAGUUUCUGUUGCCUCAAAAAGGUACCCUAUGAAUCUAGUGGAAUCACUUCUGCACAAACUUGACUACUGAAAUCAGUGUGCGGAAAUGCUUCUGCUACAUUUUUAGGGUCUCCCUACAUUUUUUUGGACUCUGGAUGAGGAGUUUCAUGUUGCUUUAGAAGCUGGCAUACAGCAUCCAAAUAGUCCAAAAAUCUGACUCAAAAUAUUAAUUUUUAAUAGGCAUUUGAUGUAAAUUGUUGAAUAUUCAGAUGGUGGUUAUGGAUUGAAAAAAGCCUUCACAGUUUUUGUAGAAUUUCAGGGUUUGUUUCAAAAUACAUUUGUUUUCUCAUUUUAUUCAUUUUUCGUAAAAUAAAUUCUAAAUUUAUACAUUUCAUGUAAAUUACCCAAAAGCCUUUCUAAAUUGGGAUUCCUGGUGUUUCAAUGCUAUAUAGAGAGCAAAGUCAUAGCCAGAGGAUGUCUUUGUAUGGCAGCAUAUGUGUUCAUAAAGUACCCUUGCAUUCCUUGUCUGUAUUAGAUGUGGUGACAGUUUAAGUCAAAACUAAUGUUCUGCUUCAAAUGCUGAAACUUACCCACUGAGGAAUCCAAGAGGUUAUUUAAGGGUGGAUUUGAGACUGCAGAUUUAGAACCUAAAAACCUAAGAGUUAAGUGUGGCUAGAAGGGAAAUGAAAAUAAGGUAAUUUCUGUUGUAUUUAAAUGUUGCUCAUUAUUAAAUUUUUUUAAGUUACUAGAAUUAGAAAACUUGCAUUAUCCAAAACGACAUAGUGUUAAUUUCUUCUUUUUGUGCGAGGUUGGUUGAGUGUGAGCUCCAACGUACUGCACAGUUAACAAUAUUUUUUUUCAAUUUAAAGAUUUUUACCUGCUGUUAGGAAUAUCUCCUUUAUCAAAUAAAAACUAAUAGAUUGAAAUUAGAAAUUAUUCUGUGAAGAGACAAUUCCUCUUUAAGUUUCUGUGUGUUGCUUGUGGAUUGGCCAGGGAAAGAAUGUAAUAGGCAGACUCCCAGUAAAUUAAUGAGAUAAUAGAUGCAUCCAAUGGCAGAACAGUCCUUUUGUAGAUAUUUUCUGGAUGUGCCCUCUUCUGAGCAGUUUCCCAAUCUAUUCCACAUUUCCUUUACAAUGGAUGUUCAGAAUUCAUAUUACUUUCUGUGAGGAAGAAAGCAAAAGUGAAACAACUGCUAAUUGGAAAAAGUCCCCUUAAAUGAGUAAUAAUCAAGUGCUUUAGGUUACUCUGCUGCAGCAAUGACAAGCUUAAGUUAGAAAAGCUGUCUCCUGAAUUCUCAGAUAGUUUGGCUUCAGAAGCUUUAUAUUUUCUUCCACCAAGGAAAAAAAAAUAGUUUAAAUGUUGCAUAAAUAUUUGUUUAUCAAGUAAGGAUGACUCAGCAUUUAUGUUUUAGAGUGAGAGUAACUACUAGUCUUCAGAAUAAGUCCUUAGCUUUCAUUUUAAGGAAUGACAUUCCAAGAAGAUUGGAUAGCAUAGAACCACAAAAAUACAGUGCUCUGAGGAAUACAAGCUUUAAGGAUUUUAAAACAGAAAACAUUUUAAAAUACUUCUCUGUAUUUCCAUAUUUCUGCUGGACUGUACCUAAAACAAAGUGCUGUGCUCUGAGUUGGUGCAUUAAUUUAAUGAGUUUGUUCUUCAGUAAGUCACUUGUUUGGUCUGCAAAUACUGUGACCUAAGUAUCUGUCCACAUUGAGGAAAUAAGUGUAAGUAAUUUUUAGUUAAUUUUUGUAUUUAGCCACAUUUCAGUGAUGUUUCCAGUAGCACAGUAAGCAGUGUGACUGCUAUCAGUCACAGGUUGUUGUUUCUCUUAUCCUGUCCUGAAGCAUAACAGCUCUGGUAAUAAACUGUUUUGCUUUGUUA